CCUAACAGAUAGCAUAUCAACAAGAUAUAAUCACAUUUUAAAGUGCCAAGUGAUUUGCCACAGUCUGCAAUAUAUCCCUGUUGCGCCAGGACUUUUAAAUUCGAGUUGCGUGAUAAGUUUUGAAGAGUAAAUUAAAAAAAAAUGAACCCGGAUUUUACUGGUAAGGUUGUUUUGGUGACGGGCGCUAGUGCUGGUAUAGGCGAGGCUACUGCACUCCUGUUCGCCAAGUUGGGCGCUCAGCUCGCUCUAGUUGGCCGUAACGCUGAAAACUUGCGGUCGGUCGCUGUACGAUGUGCUGAAGAAAAGGGUCUACAGCCACUGGAGAUAUUGACAGAUCUCUCCACAGACGAGGGUGCGGAGAAAACCGCUAAGGACACCGUUGAGCAUUUCGGAAGGUUGGACGUAUUAGUGAACAAUGCAGCAGAAGGCUCGCGUUCCUUCAUCCAGGGCGCUGAAAUGGAGGUGUUCGACCGCAUGGUCCGUACCAACCUGCGUGCGGUGUACAACCUCACGCGCCUCCUGGUACCCGAACUGGUGAAGACUAAAGGCAAUAUCAUCAAUGUGUCCAGUGUGGCUGCUACUAACGCGUACCCCGGCAACUUGGCCUAUAGCAUCACUAAAGCAGCUCUGGACCACUUCUCGCGGAUAAUAGCAGUGGAGUUGGCUCCCAAAGGCGUGAGGGUCAACACUGUCAGUCCAGGGAUCACUGUUAGCAAAUUCGUGCAGCGUGUGACCGGGGCAUCGGACGAACAGUACCAGGCGUGGUUGACGGCCGUGUCUACGGGUAUACCUCUGAAGCGCGCCUGCACCGCGGACGACGUGGCAUACGCCAUCGUUCACCUGGCCAGCGACCACAGCGCCAUCGUCACCGGCGCCCUACUGGUCGUCGAUGGAGGCGUGCAGUUCACGGACGCCAGCCAUUUGGUCGAGAAGCAAAAACUACUCAGACAAUAAAAUGAUUAAAGAAAAUAUAACUAGAAAAAAAUCCACGCGGACCAGGCAGCAGACGGGACUCGAACCCGCACCCUUCGCAAUCCGGACGAAUGCACUGACCAAUUAUGCUACCGCGGCCCUCGCGGACCGCGUCACAAUUCUUCUAGCCAUUCUUAAGCUGCAAGGCAGCGCCAUCUCUUCGAUCGGGUUCGAGUCACGUCUGCUGCCUGGACCGCGUGGAAUUUUUUCUAGUUAUAUUUUCUUU